GAACAAAAUUUUGUCAAAACUUUGUGGCAUUUAUUUUUUAAUGUGCCAUAGUCAGAUAUUCAUUUCGUACCCGAGGCAUCUAAUUUAUCCGUUUUUGUUCAUUCAACCGGAUCGAAAUGUGGAAAUUUUCUCGAAUUGCAACCCCCAGCACUUGCAGGCAGUUAAUGACUCGUCUCCGGUGUCAGAGCAGAUCCACAGAAAGUGAAGCCAAUAGGGAGUUGCCUCCUCUUGACUGCGGCUCGGAUAGGAAAUGCGAAAAGGAGGACGAAUAUUUCCAUAAAAAGCAAGAUGAGCUUUUGCAGAGAUUACGAGAAAAUAAACACGAAGUGAGUCAGUUGGAUGAAAAAAAGGAAUGCAGAGAUACGGUUUUCAAUCCUGAUCAAUGUUGUUCCCAAGAGUUUAGUUUGAAAAUGAACAAUAUGAAAGAAGAGGAAUAUUUUUAUAACUAUUUGGAGGUUGUCAACGAAUUGCGAGAUGGCACGAAAUUCGAGAAAAUUGAAGAACGAGUCAUGAAAACUACCUAUGAUGAUCACAAAACAUAAUGUUUGUAAUAUAUUUCGUCCUCUGUUUCUGUUCUACUCUAAAUUUAAGUUAAACUUUUGUAUUAUUAUCUCGGCCCCAUUUGGUUAUAACAUGGAUGAACAUUAAGCAGAAAUAUACAGAAUAUCUUAUUUCA